UUGUGUUCCUGAGGUUCUGUUUUUAAUGCAAACAACCUGCCGCCACACCUCAUCCUUUCACCCGCAGGACUCCCUCCGGCAGCGGGCAAAAAGUGGCAGCAUGUCGGUCGACAGCGUGUUCCGGACCCGGUCUCUCGGUGUGGCCGCCGAGGGGCUUCCUGAUCAGUACGCCGACGGAAAAGCGGCCAAAGUCUGGGAGCUUUACAUCGGAGACAUCCAGAGCCGGACCCAGGAGUACAAGAGCUGGGUGUUGUCCUUGCUGAACCGGCACGGCGCCCGGAGGGUUCUGGAUGUGGCCUGCGGUACCGGAGUUGACUCCAUCAUGUUGGUGGAGGAGGGCUUUAGCAUGGUCAGCGUGGACGCCAGUGAUAAAAUGCUGAAGUACGCUCUGAAGGCCCGCUGGGACAGAAGAAAAGAAGCAGCUUUCGAUCAGUGGGUGAUCGAAGAGGCCAACUGGCUGACGUUGCCUGAAGAUAUCCCUAAACCUGGAGAUGGCUACGACGCCGUCAUCUGCCUCGGAAAUUCAUUCGCCCACCUGCCGGACUUUAAAGGGGACCAGAGUGAGCAAAAGUUGGCUCUUUGCAACAUUGCCAGUAUGGUGCGCCCCGGUGGGAUCCUUAUCAUUGACCACCGCAAUUAUGACUACAUCUUGGAAUCCGGACGAGUGCCGCAGGGCAAAAAUAUUUACUACAAGAGCGACUUAACUCAGGACAUCACCACCUCGGUUCUGUGGGUCAACAGUAAGCCCCAUAUGAUCACUCUGGACUACACCAUCCAGGUUCCUCAGGCUGCCCUGCAGAAACUUCCUGAAGUCAGUCAGUUCCGUCUGUCCUACUAUCCUCACCGCCUGGAGAACUUCACCGAGCUCCUGACAGACGCCUUCAACAACAACAUGGAGCACACGGUCUAUGGAGACUUCAAGGCCUAUCGUCCAGAUCAGGCUCAGGCCCCGUGCUACUUCAUCCACGUCUGUAAGAGGAAAGUCUGACAGGACGGCUGAGAACUUCCUGAUAUUUUCAGUUACGUCAUGUUUAAGAGUUUAUCCUUGGUUGCACAGAGAUGUUGAGAUGAUCACAGCAGGAACAAAUAUCCAGGGAAGAAAGAUGUUCCUUUAGAAGAGCCAGUAAAUGUACAUCAGUGACUGUAAAUGAAAUAUUGAAUUAAUGAUUACCCCUCUACCGUGCUCUAAGCUGAGAGAAAAGUUGGUCCAGUUAAUUUUCUGCCUUCAUGGUAUAGACCCAACAGAGAGAGUCUGACAUUAUGUUUAAAUCCUCAUGUUUUCGAUGUGUUUUAGCAGCUUGUUUGCUUCAUCUGAGCUACAAGUCAGCAGGUAACAAACCAAAACUCUGAGCUGGGAUAAACCGACCAAAACUUUGGCUUCACAGGAAUAAAAUUACUGAUUAAUCUACCAAAGAUAUUUAAAAGUCCGUUUUAGAGAGUUGCUUUUUAAAACCUAGCUGAAUGUUAAGUUUCACAGAAUCUGCUGUUCACUACCUCCGAACCAACCCCAGAAAGCCACAUUUAAAAGGAGAUAUCUUGAAGUGGACCACAACCUCUGGCAGGAUGGACCGGCCGGUUCUAAAAGAAAGUCUUACUGUGGUUCCCAGUCUUCUGGUUAUUCAGAUUCAUGUGCAUUUAAAUAAAGUCUUUCCAAAGUAA